CGCCCGCAUCCCCUAGCUCCUUCUACUCUGUGUGAGUUUCUGUCUCUGCUGCGCCCCAGCACUUUCCGGCGGCGGUCGGGUUUCUGGAACCUUUUGCCACCGCAUGAACUGCACGCAUGUUGUGAGUCACGUGACCAAAACAUGAACGAAUGGUCGGGUCACGAUCGUACUCCCGUGAUGUAGUCGUAGUGGAUCAGGCUGUGCCUUAGGAGCUGGAUCGGACGAAGGGCAGGGGGGGUGUCCUUCGCUUGCCGCCGUUGACGAUGGGGACCCACGACCAGCGACAUCGCCCCGCCGGCAAGACGAACCUCAUGGUCGCCUGCGAGCAAGGAAGAACUCUCGAAGUCAAGAUAAUCCUGCAGAAGAAGCCUCUUUCCGUCGCUAGUCGCGACCGCAACGGGAAGACGGCGCUGCACUACUGCGCUGAGUCCGGUAGCGUUCCCUGCGCCCAGCUGGUCGUGAACGCAGACGCCACGCUACUCGACCUCCACGACAACGACGGAUUCACGCCCCUCCAUCUGGCGGUCAUAGCCGGAAACAGGGGUGUAGCGAAGCUCUUCCUCAAGCACGGAGCCGAUCCGGACAAAAUGGACAAAGAGAGACAUUCCACUGUACACUGGGCAUCAGUGUGUGGGGACGUCGAAAGUUUGGAAAUGCUGCUGAACCACGGCGCUAAUCCUUCUUCCCCUGACAUCCUGGGGGCGUAUCCUAUCCAUUACGCGGCUCAGAUGUGCGGGGCGCAUUCCCUCAACGGCAAGGACCCGGAGACAGGCAUCAGCACACUCAAGAAACUGGUUCAAAAAGGAGCCCCCGUACAGUGCAGGGAUCGCGAUGGACGAGAGCCCAUGCUUUGGGCUGCCAGCACAGGUAGCAGUGAAGCUGUGUUGGUGCUUUUUGCAGCUGGUGCCAACGUUUCAGCUACAGAUAAAGACGGCCUUACAGCCUUGCACUGCGCGGCAAGCAGGGGACACACUUCUUGUGUAGAGACGCUUGUGACGCUAUGUGGAGCGCGGGUCAACGCUGGCGACAAUAUUGGCUGCUCCCCUUUGUUCUACGCGGCUGCUCAAGGUCACGCCGACUGCGUCCAGGUGCUACUCAAGUACGGAGCGGACCCUAAUCUUCAAGACGAUAAAGGAAGAACCCCUGCGCACUGCGCUGCAGCUAAAGGUCGUUUGGAAAUCGUUCGAAUCCUGGACAGUAAUGGCGCUGACUUGUGGAUCCGCAACAGCAGAGGAAACCUGCCUCUCCAUGAAGCGGUGCAGUCGGGUAGAAAAG